GUGCGUGCCCGGACGCCGCGGGAGCCAUGGCUUCCUUCGGGAAGCUGACGGAGUACUUCAGCCUGAGGAAGUCGAGGCCGGAGCUGCGCUCCCGGCGCUGGGGCCGGCGGAGCGGGAGCUGUUGCUGUAGUGUCGUGGAGUGCAGGUCUCUGGACAGAAAGCUGCAGCGGCCGCUCCUGGGCAAGUCCCGGACGCUGCCCAGCAUCCCACAGUCCCCAGUCCUGAGCAGGCUCCCCCUCCUCGACUCCGCGGCCUACAGGGAGGAGAUGCCGGAGCAGAAGCCCUACAAGAAGUGCUCGGCCUCUGACCACCAGAAAGGCUGCACGGUCCCUUCAGCCGGGGAGGCCUGGCGGCUGGAGGAUGACUGCACGGACCCCCCCCGGGACGCCCAGCUGGGCACGGCGGUGGAGGACGCCCCGUUCAGCUACUUCCGCACCCGCUCCUUCUACAUGAGGAAGAGCCUGUCCGUGGACAACCACCUGGGCUCCCUCAGCUAUGCCGUGCACCCGGCAGAGACCAAGGCCGAGCGUGUCAAGACCAAGCUGCGGCGGCAAUUCAUGCUGUUGGCUCUGUCCAACUUGAAGGAUGCAGUGGCUGCUCCCUCCCUGCUCGGGCAGGUGGAUAGAUCCAGGUCGGAGAACAGCCUCGCUAGGUUUGCCCACCGCUUGUCGGUGAAGCAGAAGCAGGAGAAGAGAAGGAAAGCUGAGUAUGCCUCGGCCGAGCUGUCUGCAUUCCGGCCCAGGUCUCUGAGCAUUGAAUGGUAA